UAAUUGUUUAUCUACCAUAUAGGACCGAUUAGUCGUGCCGAGCUAGUGCUAUUAGUAACAUUAUACUGUUAAUAAAAAAAUCUUCAGUGCAUUUAUUGCAAUCGCGGAAGAAAAUUAAGAGACAUUCGACAAGCAUGAUGCAUACCAGAUCCUUCAUUUGCAAAAUUAAUGACUCGUGUUUGUUAUCGAGAGGACAAUGUCACGUAAAAUCGACUACGACUUCUGGUGAACGUAGUAAAAUGAAGAAGGAGAACAAUGCACUGCAACUGUUCGUGCAGCCGACUAAGAAUAUUCCCGGCCCGAAAGCAUUGCCCUUGCUUGGCAAUUGGUUUAGAUUCAUACCAUACAUAGGUCAAUAUGGUGCACACAAUAUGAUAACGCAAUUGCGGAUGCUGCGUGAUCACUACGGAGAUAUCGUCAAACUGGACAACCUAAUGAAUCGUCGAUCGUGCAUCUUAUUAUUCUCACCGGAACUAUGCAAAAAUAUGUAUCAGGUGCAGGGCACGUGGCCGAUGCGAAUCGGCAUGGAAAGUCUGCAUUACUAUCGCACAAAUAGAGAGGACUUUUACGGCAAGCAAUACGGUCUCACAACAAGCCAAGGCAAAACGUGGCACGACUUUCGUUCAAAAGUUAAUAAAUAUAUGAUGCAACCGCGAGCGAUCAAAGCGCACAUUACGCAGAUCAGCGAUAUAAGCUACGAAUUCGUAGAGAAGAUGCGAGCGCUGCGAGAUCCCUUGUGUCCCUGGGAAUUGCCAGCUGAUUUUAGAAACGAAUUGUAUAAGUGGAGUUUAGAGUCAAUAUGUUCGAUCGCGUUGGAUUGCCGACUGGGAUGUUUAAAGCCUAAUCUCGCCGCCGAUUCGGAACCGCAAAUAAUGAUUAAUUGCGUGCAUGACUUACACAAUCUCAUGUAUCGCUUGGACGUUCUACCGUCUUUAUGGAAGAUAUACAAUACGCGGAAUCUCAAGAAGUUGUUUCGCGUGGUAGAUACACUUAAUAGAAUAGCUAUUAAACACAUCGAGCAAGCUGAAGCGAAGCUUCGCGAAACAACGGACGAUGACACGAAUCUAUAUGACCGUAGAAUCCUGGAGAAACUUUUACGUCUUGACAAACAAACGGCUUGCGUAAUGGCGCUCGAUAUGCUGAUGUCUGGUAUUGAUACGACUGGUAACGUAGCUGGCGCCAUGUUGUAUUAUAUCGCGAGUAAUCUGGAGAAACAAGAUAAACUGCUCGUAGAAGUACUAUCCGCGUUACCGGAAAAAACAUCGCCCAUUACGUACGACACAUUGAAUCGAAUGAAAUAUACCAAGGCCUGCAUCAAGGAGACUCUCCGACUGUUUCCUAUUACCAUCGGCAAUCUCAGAACCAUGCAAACGGAUGUUUGUAUAGGAGGAUACAAAAUACCAGCAGGAUUUGAUGUCAUCGCCUGUCACUCACUAAUCGCGACCGAGCAGUUUCCGCAACCACACAAAUAUAUUCCCGAGAGAUGGUUACGGGGCGACACGGAGUUUCCAUCAGCCAAGCAGUCGCAUUCCUUUGCAUCCAUGCCUUUCGGAUUCGGUCUUCGCAGAUGUGUCGGCCAACGAUUUGCCAUGAUGGAGCUCGAGAUAUUGCUCAUGAGAGUUAUACGAAAUUUCUGGAUCGAAUGGCACCACGGACCGCUCAAAUACGAAAGCCGAUUUUUAAACAGGAUUGCGUCGCCGAUGAAAUUCAGGCUCUUCGAGUUGUAAAAGUCUCCCGGCGAUCGAUUCACGCUGCGGACUUCGUGAAAUGCCAUCGAAAUAUUCAUCGUCGUUUCGUGUAACAUUUUUUUAAAUAAUUACUGACGCAGGCAGCGAAAAUGUUGCUACAGUUACUGUAUUUUACAAGCGUUUAUCUCAAAGAAGCCAAUCGAGAUGGAGAGGACACCAUCAACUUCCUUCCUCCCUUCUACUACGAUUCUUAUAAUUUUAACUUCCCGAACGAAGACAGAAAAUGCGACACAUUUUAUAGCAAUUUUGACGCCAAAGUUAAAAAUUUUUAUCAAGCACAUGGAAGAGUAAGUGUAUAAAUCAUUAAUAUCUGAAUGGAUAGACGGAGUAUUAGCUAUCGAGGGGGGGGCUUUCAUUCGCGAUAAGGAGGAAAUCUAUAAAUCUCGGUUGAAUUCGGUUAUUCCUAUUGACA